GAACGACGCCCAGAAAUGCUGUACAGAUAGGCAGCGCUCUCGUUUUUGACACACCACCAUACUGACCAGUGACAGGCGUGCUCGGUGCAUGCGUGCUGCUGGAGUCAGCCAGUGACGUUCUUGUCCCAGAAUGCUGCCUGGUAAACAGACAUGGAAGCACCUGGUGAAGACCUCCACAGUCACUGAGCACCUCACUCGCUCUUUGAACUGAUCUUCACUUUCAAUACACCCUAAAGCCUGCGCCUUUGUUCUCUCUGGAGCUCAACCAGGACCUCUGAAGUCCGGGGCAUUGAUUCCCUCCCCAGCUUGUGUGGCAGUCUGGAAUCACCAUAACUGAUGAGGAUCUACUGACGUGACCAGUUUUGGUUAAAUUUUUUUACUUUUGACAAGCGGAAAGAAUGUCGGAAAGGGCCGAUGAUGACGUCAGGGGGGAGCAGCAGCAGCGCAGAGCGGCCAGGCAGCUGAAGCAGCGGGGAGAAGCCUUCACAGCAAUGGCGACUGUUGCGGAGCGCAGAUCCCUGCCUAGUCCUGAAAUAAUGCUGGGACAGCCUUGGAGCAGCUGGGUCGAUGCUGUGAAACUCUACGGGAGCGACGGUACUGAAUUGGAAGAAAGUUUGAAAGAGUGCGGGAAAAAUCGCGAAGCCAUGAGACUCUGCAGAGACGACAUGCCCAUCUUUGGCCAAUGUCCUGCCCAGGAUGACUUCUACCUGGUCAUGUGCAGCCUCUGUAGUCAGGUAGUCAAACCCCAGGCCUUCCAAGCACACUACGAGAGAAGACACAGCUCCAGCAGCAAGCCCCCAUCCAGCUAUGCCGCCUCUGCUGCAUUCGCAAACUCUCGAAAUAAGAGCAGCCUUGGGGGUGGAGUUGGGGUCGGGGCUGUUGGUGGAAGCACUCUUGCACGCCCCUCCAGUGCAAACAGCAGCACCCCCACUAAAAUCUUCAAAUCAACCAAAGAGAAGCUGCCUCACUGGAAGCCUCACUUCCCCUAUAGGGUGCCGCAAGAAGAGAGUCCCACCCCUGCAGUUAAAGGAGAGAAGGUCCAUCUGAAGGUGGAACCUUCACCCAAACUUCCCCAUGUGCCCGCCUCUUCUUCCACUUCCUCCUCCUCUUCCUCCAAUACUGUGAGCACCUCUCCCUUGAAGUCAGGCCUUAACUUCCCCUCCAUACCAAAGGCUCCACAGCUGGCCCCAGGUCAGAUCCCCAAUGGAAAGGGCCACCUCUCAUCCCAAGACAAGAAACAAGACAGCAGCAGUGCCAGUAGCAGGAGACCCUUGUACAAGAGACUAGAGCGAGAGUUUAAUCCAGAUAUCCAUUGUGGGGUUAUGGAUAUGACAGCACGUAAGCCAUGCACAAGAUCCUUAACAUGCAAGACACAUUCCAUAAGCCAGAGGAGGGCGGUGCUCGGGCGGCGGCAACGCUUUGACACGCUGCUUGCUGAGCACAAGAGCAAAGCACGCGACAAGGAGCUGCAGUUCAGGUUGGACCCCUCACACCCAGCACCCCCUCUCAGGGACCCUCACCCUCCCCCCUCCCGCCUCUCACAAGACCUUCACACGGUCUCCCAUGGCAAUGGCACUGCCGAUGCCACCAAGCCUUUGCCCCUCAGCAAACCCAAACCUCAUAAUUCUGGGCUUCCACGACUCAACAGCAGUAACUCUCACAGUGGAGGAGACCCAGCUAUGGCACACGACCAGACCCACCACUCUCACUCAGCCCCUGUCGGUACCGAGACCAGCCGCCUCUCCAGUGACGAAGGGGAGAACGAGGAGAGAGAGGAGGCCACGGAGAAACUGGACUGCCAUUAUUCAGGUUACCACCCACGACCAGCUGCUUACUGCACUUUUGGAAGUCGAUUGUACGGUAGAGGUUGUUACGCGUUCGACCGGCGCUGGGAUCAAGUACGUUGUACUCUCACCACCAUGUUGGACAAACAUGUCAACUCACAAAUGUGGAAGAAAAUCCCUCUGGCGUUGGAGAACUCUGCAACAACACUCACAGCCUCUCACCGGACAAGCACAAACUCCCAUUCUUCCUCAUCCUGCUCCAUUUCUGCAGGGUUUCUCAGCCUGUCCUCACCACCGCCUUAUGACAGCAAGCCGGUCCUGUCAUAUGGCACCACCCUGAAUGCCCGCUCUUCUCCGCAAGCCUCCGCCACCGAGCAGCCCGCCUACAGUGGCGCUUCUAGACAAGUGUCAGCCUCAUCACCCCAGAUGCCUUCAGCCCACUCGUCCUCGCUACCCUCGUUGGGCUCCAACCGACCCCUCAAAUCCCGAUCUGUUACAAAAUCCUUUAAGGCUCGGGAGCCAUCCUUCAGCCUAAGUAACUCUAUCGUCAGGGGCAGUACUAACAGCAGUGUUAGCGUCAGCGGUUGUGCGAGCGGUAGCCUGAGUUCGGGCAAGAAGCGGAAAAACAGUUCCCUGUUUACCACCCAUAGCACUUACACCUCUGAAUCCUCCUCCUCCUCAUCUUUUAAGAAGAACUGCGGGAUAAACUCCUCCAGUCUUGGCAGCGCCUACCACACCUCGCUCGCCUCCACCCCUUCUUCAUCUUCAUCGUCAACAACGCUGUCGUCAUCCCACAGCGGGGUGUACUGUGUGGGGGUAAACUGCACCCCAGGCAGGGCCAACUCUUUGAGCUUGAAGCAGGAGUCGACAGGACGUGGCCCUCCCUCAGGCAGCCCGGCUGAGUCCAUUAAACGCAUGAGUGUGGUGAUGAACAGCAGCGACUCCACCCUCUCCCUCGGGCCAUUUGUUCACCAGAGCAGCGAUCAUCACGCAGAUGCACGUCUGGAAGCCAAAAGGAGGAAGUGCUCACCUGGCUCAAGUAGCCUCAACAGCACAGCGUCUGGAGCAGGAGGGGGAGGAGGACAAGGUCCUGGCAGGCCCAAAAUAUCCAAGUCUCCAUCAAUCAACAACAUCCACAGCAAGCAUGCUCGCUCUAUACCUGGACCACCAGGGCUCCCUAACAAUUCACUCAUACAUCAGCCAAAGGCUCGUCCCUGACACAGGUGUGGAGGCUCUGAGCGUGCUGAGCAGUAGGCUGGACCCAGAGCUCCCUCAGCCCCCUCAUGCCACUCUGCACGAGGCCUUCUUUUUCUCUUACUCUUCCCACAAUCCUCAGGGUGGAAUGCAUACUGGGUGGCCCAUUGAUGUCCUUCGUGGGGAUUUCCUCCCAAAGCCAUGCAGGGGCACUCUCCGGGGAUAGGAUAAUAAGCCAGAGAGAUAUAGUUCUCCUGUCGGAAGUUAUAAUGAAUCUAUACAAUGCACCAUUGGGUACAAAGCCUGCUGCGUAGAGCAUGAGCUGCCCAGCCUGAGUACUUGUGCUGGGGCCGGAAGGUAUAGAUUUUGGCUGGUGCGUAGCCUCACCAACACUACCAAGCAUAGGAGGGAUGUGAGAUGCGAACAAGAUAAGUUGCUUUACCGAUGUUCUUCGGUAUGUUAGCUUGAGCGUGUGGACAUACCAGAAUACUGGAAACCGAAAUCCUACUCCGCCUUGGAGGAAGUGUACAGGAGAGGAACAUCCCUAAAGUAGACACACAAUCAACUUAAGUUAAUCAUACACAUGAUCUCUCACUGGAAGGCUGUAUUAGAUUAAACUACACUCACUGCAGAUAGACAUGACUGGAGUGGAGUUUCAACAUGAGCAACCUAAACUUAAAGAUUAUGCAAACUAAACAGUUUUUAGACCACAUUUUGUUUACAGGUUAGCAAACAGAACAUAUACCAUUUUCCUUUACCAUUUACCAACUUAAAACUUUAGUUAUUUAUUUAGUUAAUUCCGGCUGUUUUAUUGCAAUUUCUUUUUUACUGAAAAAUCCAACCCUAAAUCAAGCUCGAACACCUUGCGUUAGUGAAAGCACUUGAUUCCCCCCCACCAUGUUUAUUUUGAAUAAUUUCAGGUUUGUGUUAGUAUACUAGCAUGUCUUUACUGUAUCUCUGAGCAACAGUCAUCUCUAAACGGUCAGCUCCAAAAAAACUCGACAAUACUGUAAUCCUCUUAAAAACCAUAACUUGGACAAUACAGAUAUUCAGUUUUAGGUACAUUAAAGGCUUGAUUCAUUAAACCUUUUAGCACAUGCAAAAAUUGCUCCAGCAGGUGACGUUUCACCUCUUACAAUUACCCAUGAAGAAGCAUGUGCUGAAAUUUUAAUGUACUAAAAUCUGCAGUCUCGUUCGAAAAUGAUUGUAGGAGAGUUUCCUGGUGAAGAUGCCUUAGGUGUGGUAUCGUUAUGUGCCGUUUCAGUCUCAGAAAGGGGCUCGUGGCUAGCUGAUGUUGAGCCAUAGACCAACAUUACAGACACACUAUCAUCUCAGCAAUGGAGUAGACAUCUACACGACACUCAAUACUGUGAGACACAUAUACAGUAGUCUGGCCAGUGCCAUCUCAUCAAGUGACCAACCCUAAAGAGGUUAGUAGCUGGACAUUCUGAUUUAAAUCUCGUUUUUAUUGUGGGUCUGUCGACUUCAAGGCAAUAGAUCCUUUUUUGACUCGUUGAUCUUCAUAAGAGAUGUUGAGCUGGAUUUUGUUGUGCAAGUUGGGGCUUCUCUUUAAAACUCCCGUAAAUUCCUGAACUCCACUGAUGUCAGUCAGCAAUGGUCGCUGAGAAGUAGAGCAUGAUUUUGUUUGUGUAUUUUUUUCCUUCUGCUUUUUCGUACACAAAACCGAAUACAAAUAUUGAAUUAUCCCUAUUUCAGAAUACAUAUUUUGUUAAAGAAUUGUACAUAUGGAGAUGUAUUUUUGCACAGGCAUUUUCGUAAACGAUUUUUGGUACAAUUGAGAUCAUUAUUAUUUAUUUAGAAAAUGGAAACAUUCUAAGAUUAUUAGAAGUGGUUCACUGCCAAGCCGAUAAUGCAAUACGCCACUCUAUCCGAACACAGCUUCUUGUUAGUCACACACCGAGUUCCCCCGGACAGAUUGUUGCCACAGUAGUGGGGAAUCAUUAUGUAUUAUUAUUUAGGUGUCAGUAGUGCUCCUUUUCCCUCAUGAUUCCUCCCCAUCUCAAACCAAGAGGUCAGAGAAUGUGAUCAAAAUGGCCCGUUUAACUGUGCAAAAGAUUUCUGGCUGACUGAUGUAUUUUGUAGGACUUUUCUAACUUGGAGAGGGAACAAAACAGUUGUACAGUGCAAAAUGUGCACCACUGUUGCCAAAUGUUGUAAUUGGAUACACUGCUUUUUAAUUACUUGUUAAUUUGCUUUUAACGCUGACAAAAAAAAAGAAAAAAGAGAAAGUGCCUGAAUUAGUUUCUCAUCAACUGUUGUUAUGGCAGAGCUUUUUAUUUCAUGUAUUUUUUUUUUUCACAGUACUUGAAUGUUAUAUAAGGGUUUAGAAACGUUUUAAACCUGCCUAGCAAUCUCACACAUCGCCCUUUUCCCCUUCAAGUAGAGCGGUAACUCCGAUUGAUGAAAUGCAUGGCAGAGGAGUAACACUUACUUGACAAUGACAUGAGAAAGCUUUCUGUCUGUCCCUUGCAUUCUUUUAUGACUACUUUUGAUAUUAGAAAUUUUCAAAGCGAGAGGGAUAGAUAUUUUGGUGGCUAAGUCGGUGAUUUCAACCAAUGUUUUAGGCAGAUAAAUGUACUGUUUACCUUGAAAUUGUAACUCCACUGUUUUCAGAUAAUGAAAGCUUUGUGAAGAUGUUUGAUUAAACACCACAGAUUUGGAAUGUGAAUCGAAGAUAAAAACAAGUUUGCUUUUUGGGGAAGAAGCCUCUACAUAUAAACUUAUGUACAAGUGUGUAUAUUUUGAUUUUUCUUUUCCUUUGUCUUUUUUGUAUACAUAUUCAAAAAUCAUUUGAUCAGCUGGACUUUUGUGUGUUGGCUGCUAUGUAAUUCAUGAACAAACACAGUAGGGUAGAUUUACUUAAUAUUUAAA